CUUUUAUUGGUGGCUGCACUUGAUUAGCGGGAACUAUCGGAAAAGUUAAUAUGGUCUCUAGAGGCCCCAUGGGGCUGAUUCUGGAGAUAUACUCUUGUUCAUAAUUGGAUAUUAAUGGAUAUUACAAGAGAACUGAAAAACAGAGAAAUGCAUCAGUUAGUCAACACUUGAGUGUGCAUGCAGGCUGCAUGUUUGUUCUUUCAUUUCGGAAUAUUUCUUCUAAAACAACUGGAUUUAUGUCAAGUGAUAUAAAACAAUGUUGUAUUUCGACUGCAUUUGGAUUAAUUGUUUUCAAGGCCAGUGUAUGUGAAAGUCUGUUUUAAACUAUUCAAGGAUUAUAGAAAAAAGGAUAUAAGAAAAACAUGGGCCGUAUGAAAGGAGAAGAUGAGAUUGAAUCAGAAGGUGGUGAAACCGUCAGAUGUAAUGAUAUGGUAUGUCUGAGCUGUGUGAUUUCACCAUCACGAGACAGCCCCAGCGACCGAGUAUGUCUAGCCGCAGAAGGAUUUGGAAAUCGUAUGUGUUUCCUAGAAAACACUUCCAUGAAGGACAUACCUCCAGACAUAUCAGUAUGCGUGUUUGUACUGGAGCAAGCACUUUCGGUGAGGGCUUUGCAGGAAAUGGUGACGUCGUCCUCCCAGGAUUCCACAGCAGCACAGUCAGGUCAUAGAACACUCCUGUAUGGACAUGCAGUACUUCUUCGUCAUCUCCAUAGUAACAUGUAUUUAUCAUGUUUAUCAACGAGUUCAUCCAAUGACAAGUUAGCAUUUGAUGUGGGACUCAACGAGGCUGCUGAAGGUGAAGCCUGUUGGUGGACAAUACAUCCUGCCAGCAAACAGAGAUCAGAGGGAGAGAAAGUUCGAGUUGGUGAUGACCUUAUCUUGGUCAGCGUUUCCUCAGAAAGAUACCUGCAUAUUGGCAGUGGAUCAGAGGUUAUUGCAUCCUUCCAACAGACACUAUGGACAGUUGUUCCAAUGAGCUCAGGUGCUAUCAGAGUCAAAUCUAUGGGCUAUGUAUUUGGUGGCGAUGUAUUACGAUUGUUCCAUGGCCACAUGGAUGAAUGUCUUACAAUACCCGAAGCUGGAAGUGACAAUGAAUUCAAUUGUGUGAUGUAUGAGACAGGAGCAGUUUGUAGUCAUGCAAGGUCACUCUGGAGAUUGGAAUUCAACAAAACUAAAUGGGCAGGAGGAUUUAUGGGAUGGGGUCAGCAAGUGCGUAUCCGACAUGUGACCUCAGGUCGUUACUUAGGAGUCACCCAUGACAACAAUGUCAUUACUGUACAUAGAAACAAGGCAGAUGAGGACACAUGCUCUUUCUACCUCAGAAUGACAAAGGAUGACAAGAAGCUGUCUGAAGGACAUGAAGAUGAGGGUAUGGGUAAAUCAGAUCUCAAAUAUGGUGACUCUGUAGCCUUCGUCCAGCACUGUGCCACUGGCCUGUGGCUUUCAUAUCAAACAUUUGAAACAAAGAAACGAGGAGUGGGUCGUGUUGAAGAGAAAAAGGCAGUGAUGUUGGUGGAAGGCCAUAUGGAUGAUGGGAUCACAUUAUCUCGAGCUCAGGAGGAGGAGUCACGGUCUGCACGUGUCAUCAGAAAGUGCCAGUCUCUCUUUAACAGAUUUAACAAGGCUUUAGACUUACUACGAAGUGAAGGUCGUAACAGUAUAGCAUGGUCACGGAUAAAACUAACGGAAGUUGUGAAGUGCCUUACAGAUCUCAUAGACUACUUUCAACAGCCAGGAGCGGAUGAAGAGCAUGAGGAGAAGCAGAACAAGCUGAGAGCAUUACGUAAUCGUCAGGACCUGUUUCAAGAGGAGGGUAUGAUAGCUCUCAUUCUCGAGACAAUCGACAAGUUCGGACAGUACAAGAGCAAGAGACAGUUUGCUCACUACGCUGGCGAGGACUCGGCCAACAAGUAUGAUGAUAUCUCCAGUUACCUGUAUCUUCUCCUCGCUGCAAUGAUUCGCGGAAAUCGUGCUAACUGUGCUCAGUUUGCCCAGUCUUACAGACUAGACUGGUUAGUACAUAGACUGGAGAGCCAGAUGUCUUCCAAAGGUGUCCUUGAUGUACUUCACUGUGUGCUGAUUGACUCCCCUGAAGCCCUAAACAUGAUCAAAGAAAAACACAUCAUUACCAUCAUCUCACUCAUUGACAAACAUGGCCGUGAUCCUAAGGUGCUCAAUGUGUUGAAGUCUCUGUGUGUUGGAAACAAUGUUGCUGUACGAACCAACCAAAACCUCAUCUGUGAUAAUCUUCUUCCCGGCUGUGACUUACUGCUACAAACAAAACUUGUAGACCAUGUCUUCAACAUGAAGCCAAAUAUCUAUGUUGGUCAGUGUGAAGGUUCUUCCAUGUAUCGAAAAUGGUACUUUGAGGUUGUGAUAGACCAAUUUGAAGAGGCCUCCCAUCUUCCACCCUUGUUGAGAAUAGGUUGGGCCAAUAGUAAUGGGUUUGUGCCUUACCCCGGUAGCGGAGAAGGUUGGGGAAGUAAUGGGGCUGGCGAUGAUCUCUUCUCAUUUGCCUUUGAUGGAGUAUCACUGUGGACAGGUGCCAAGCCUAAACAGGUUCGAGAUCUAAGCCUCACAUUCAAGAAGGGAGACGUAGUAGGUUGUGCCCUUGAUCUCACUGUGCCGCAGAUAUCGUUUUCAAUAAAUGGUGUACCAGUAAAAGGCCUCUUUAAGGAUUUCAAUAUGGAUGGCCUCUUUUUCCCAGUCGUCAGCAUGACUGCAUGUGUCAGUUGUCGUUUUGUGUUGGGAGGUGAGCACGGACGAUUGAAGUAUGGCCCGCCACAGGGUCACUCUCCAGCAAUAGAGUCACUCCUACCUAAGGUGAAACUAAAGAUAGAGCCAUGUUUCUUCUUUGGGGAUAUACAGAAGAAUGUUAUCAGUGGUCCGACAGAGAUCCUCGAUUAUGCACCGUUCGUUCCUGUACCUGUGGAAACUUCAAAUGUACAACUGCCUAUUUACAUCGAGAGUGUACGUGACAAGUUGGCUGAAAAUCUCCAUGAGGUCUGGACUAUGAACAAAAUAGAUCAAGGUUGGACAUGGGGAGAAACCCGAGAUGACCGACGCAAGAAAAACCCCAGUCUCACCAGUUUUGAGAAGAUCCCACACUCUGAGAAGAAAUAUGUUGUCACUGUUUCCUUCGAGACUUUAAGGACAUUGUUAGCACUUGGCUAUCAUGUUUCCAUGGAAAUCAAGGAACAGAAGACUAACAGAAUGAAGACAAUCAAACUAGGAAACAACUAUCUGCAAGGGAAUGGAUACAAGCCGACCCCUCUAGAUCUGUCAGGUGUAGAACUUGAUGAGAAGAUGAAUGAACUUGUAGAACUUCUGGCAGAGAAUACACACAACGUCUGGGCCAAGGACAGAAUCAAACAUGGCUGGACGUAUGGACUCUACGAGGACUCUGUAAACAAGAGAAAUCCACAUUUAGUGCCUUACAACAAAGUUGAGGAACAUAUCAAGAGGGCAAAUAGGGAUUCUGCUGCUCAAACAGUAAAGACAAUUUUGGCAUACGGUUACAACUUAGAGCCGCCAACGAGUGAACUUGGUGAAACAUCCGGACACCUUUCAGGAAGCAAACUAGAAAACCAUUUGGUUAUCCAUGGCUUAGCUAAAGCUGACAAGACUAGAGAAGAAAUCCUGAAGAAAACACGGACAUACAGAGCGCAGCUCAACAACGCUGUCAAGACAGGCAAAUGGUACUAUGAGGCUGAAGUGAUGACCCCUGGGUAUGUCAAGCUUGGCUGGGCAAUGGAGUCAGCAGAUCCUUCACAGGAGAUUGGUCUUGAUGGAAGCUCAUUCGCAUUUGAUGGGCUCUGUGGUCGUAAAUGGAACAUGGGAGCAGAAUUCUAUGGUAAGACAUGGAAGACAGGAGAUGUUGUUGGAUGUAUGCUGGACCUUCAUGACAGAACAAUCACAUUCUCACUGAAUGGAGAGUUGAUGAUGGAUUCCCUCGGACAGGAGAUUGCAUUCAGAAACAUCCAGACAGACGUGGCCUAUGUCCCGGCAAUAACUGUAGGGGCGUUCCAAUUAGUUAAAUUUAACUUUGGUCAGGAUGUGAACACACUGAAAUACUUCACAUGCUGUGGUCUACAAGAAGGCUAUGAGCCAUUCUGUGUGAACAUGACUCGUCAUAUGACACUUUGGUACACGAAAGAUCAGCCUCAGUUUCAGACAGUUACUCCAUCACAUUCAAGUGUUUCUGUUGCUAGGAUACCAGGAGGAAUUAAUGUAGCACCAUGCCUAAAGGUCACAUCGAAGACAUUUGGAACUUUAGAUGAUGUUAAGCUGGAAUAUUUACGUCUCAGUCUGCCUGUUAAAUGCAAGGAUGAAUUUGUUCCCAGGCAUAUGAGUGCCCACAUGGCAAUGGAGCGACGAAUGAACCUUGAAAACAUUCGACGUCAUGCCAUGGACAUUGAAGAGGAGCAAGAUGGAGGUACAGAUGGUGGUACGGAGAACUACAGUGACGCCAAUAUGAGCGAUGCUUCCAUAGAACGGGGAAGUAAAGUUAUAGCAGAUGCCUUACGUCGCCUUGUCAACAAUACAAGUAACCAUGACGACAGUCCUGCGCAUGAUAAUACUCCUACUACCAACUCUACUAACAAAGAUUUGAAAACCUCACCAUUGUCUUCAACACCUAAAGAUAAAAAAUCUAAACAUAAAGAAAUAAAAAUCAGUGAUGGUCAGUUGUCAAAAGCGUCGCCGGGCAGCAAAGGAUCUCACACGGGUAAUUCAACGUCUGGUACAAGGUCAUCAAAAUCAAGUAAUGAUGACGACCUUUCUCUCACAGGAAUGAGUCACAGUUUCACCGACGACACCAUUGACAGUCGUCGCUCUAAGUCGAAGGCGAAGUCACUGAAUCGGGGUCAUUCAUUGGAGGAGAAUGUCCCAGAUGGGGGUGGUCCCCGGCUCAAGGCAGCUGCUAGUGAAUCCAUGCUUGCAGGGGACCAUACUCUUGGUAUUCCUAUUGAUGGCAGAAAGGCAUCUUCAAAGUUGUCUCUCCUUGGAGAAAAGGUUAGUGACGCAGCUAGGCUCUUGACAGAAAAAGGUUCAAAGAAGGCUAAGACACCGUUUACAAUCUUCAAGAAGAAAUCUUCCAGAGAUCCAUCUCCAAAUGAUAGAAGUCGAACUAGAAGUCAGGAAUAUGGAAGUCUUGAUAGAAAUAAAGUCGGAAGAUCUGGAGCUGGGCGAUCUCCAAACAGAACAUCAACAUUACCUCUUACUCGCAUUAGUGAUGAUGCUGAUGGAAAUGGCACUGUGGGGACACCAAUGAUAAACAUGGAGGCCCCAAGGGGCAUGAUCCCAUAUGAAUUUCAGGAAUCUAUGGGAAGAGGUCGGGAGUUCAGCAGUGAUGGUUCGGACCCAGAUCUCACUGAGACAGAUCUAAUGGAGAUGAAUGCUUGGGCAGAACAUGUUGAUGAAUAUUACUACUCAGUAAGAAUAUUCCCAGGCCAGGAUCCAAGUCAAGUGUUUGUAGGCUGGAUGACCCCCGGCUUCCACUCAAUGGACCAACAUUUUGAUACAAGGAAAGUAAGGCAUACAGUGGUAUCUGUCCUGGAUGAUGAAUUCAGAAUCAAAUCAAGUGUUGGACGUAAGAAUUGUUACAUGGUUUGUGCUGGAGAUCUGCAGCAACGAUAUGGUGGGGGUGAUAGUCAGGAUGUUUCCUCUAAACGAGCCUCACCUGGGCUUCUCAUUGGCUGUACAGUAGACACCGCUACAGGUGUCCUCAGUUUCUCUGUCAAUGGCAAAGAGGUGGCCAAUAAAUUCCAGGUUGAACCAGGAACCAAGUUGUUCCCAGCUGUGGUCUGUGAACCAACAAUAAAGGAAAUGUUACAGUUUGAACUCGGUUCAACCAAGAAUGCCUUGCCACUGUCAGCAGCAGUAUUCCGAGGACCUAAGAGUGUGGUGCCAUCCUGUCCUCCGCGACUUGAUGUGCAAGCCUUGGUGUCAAGUUGCUGGGCCAGAGUUCCACAGAAUACUUCAUACAUCAUGUCACUCAAACUUUCAGCGGCCAGGGGCUGGAGUAUGCUGUCUGAAACCUCAGUACAAAUAAUGGCCGUGUACAUCCCAGAGGAGGACAGAUCUAUGGAUAUUCUAGAUCUAAUUGAGCAUCCACAUUUACUCAAUUUCCAUGCAGUAACUCUAGAGUUGUACCAGGCUGUGUGUUCCCACGGUAACCACAAUGUUGCCAGUAUUCUCACAGGACAUGUUGACAACCUGCAGCUUUUGUAUUGUCUACAGAGUCAAUAUUUGUCAGGUCCACUGAGGGCUGGUUUCCAUGACUUACUGAUUUCCAUGCAUCUUGAUUCUCACACCAGAGGAAGACAAUCUACUGAGAAGGAGUACAUCAUUCCUCUGACAAAGUCCAUGCAAGAGUUGAGUCUCUACCGACAACUGAGCCCAAACAGCGACGGCUUCAAGAUCAAACAUACCAUACCAAACAUGGAUGCCAGUGUUUCUAUCAGGCCUAAACUCUGCCUUCUCAAGAAAGAUAUCGAAGCAAGGAAUGAGACAAAGAACAGAGCUGAGACAUCACCAUUUUUCCCGAUGGAUCGACUGAAGAUGCAUAUGAUGAAGGCCCUUACAGAUGCUGUAGAGAAAGGGGCAGCACAUAUCAGAGAUCCUAUAGGGGGCAGUAAUGCUAACCUCUUUGUACCGUUGUUGAAGGCAAUAGACAACCUGCUAGUGAUGGGACUACUCACAGAUGAUGACAUGCAUCAGUUACUGUUCUUGAUAGAUCCAGAAACAUUUGAUGAAGUCACUUACAGGGCCAGGGCAAAGGGGAACGGUUUGCUUCACAUGAAACUGGAUGAACCAGUCAAAUUAGAGGUGUGCCGUAUUCUGCAACAUUUAUGUGACAUCCAGCUAAGACACAGGAUAGAGUCUAUUAUCGCAUUUUCUGGAGAUUUUGUUGGCUCCUGUCAGAAUGACCAGCUGAGACGUUAUGUUGAGAUAAAACAAGCCAACUUGCCAUCAUCUGUUACUGCCAGAAAAACCAGAGAAUUCAGAUGCCCUCCACAUGAACAGAUGAGAAACCUGCUCAGUUUCAAAAAUGAAGAGGAUGAACUAUUUCACAGUUGCCCAUGUCGAGAAGAUAUUCGUGAAAUUUUGUGGAACUUCCAUCGUAAUCUGCUCAAACACUGUGCCAUGCCAACAGCGAUUGGCGAAGAACUGGAAAAACCAGAGGAAAUCGAGAAGGAACCAGAGUCCACGUCUCUUACAGACAAAUUGUUACAGUUGGUAUGGAAAACUAAAGAAGAGGAAAAACAAGAAACAGAACCUGUACAUGAAGGGAAAAUAGAUUCUCUGCAGAAACUGAUACAGAAAACCAUGGUGAUGUGGGCUGAGGAAUCAUUUAUUACCUCCCCUGACCUGGUGAGGGAAAUGUUCAGCCUUCUACAUCGUCAAUAUAAUGGCAUUGGAGAGUUACUGGAAGGUCUGGAAAAAGCAUAUGUGAUCAGUAGUGCGAGUGAAGAUGAUAUUAACAACCUGUUAAAGGCGCUCGGCAACAUCCGUUCACUACUGCUGGUACAGGCGGGACCUGAUGAGGAGGAACUGAUGAAGAAUAGCCUCAAGGAUCUCAUGGACAACAAGGUAUUUUUCCAGCACCCAGAUCUCAUGAGAGCCCUUUGUCUGCACGAGACUGUCAUGCAACUCAUGGUGAACACCCUAAACAAGGCACAACAACAACAGUCUGCUGCAGGUGGCGACCUCAAUGUCAGUAACCAACGACGACAAUCUACAGUGCCAGCUGGUGCCAUGGAAAGCGGUUUAGAAUCUAGCAAGGAUGCCGCUGCGGAGAUGGUUGUCAUGUGCUGUAGGUUUCUCUGUUAUUUCUGUCGUACCAGUGGUCAGAACCAGAGAGCAAUGUUUGAACAUCUUAGUUAUCUACUCGACAACAGUAGCAUGUUGCUAGCUCGACCAUCACUGAGAGGCUCCUGUCCUCUCGAUGUUGCCUAUUCCUCCCUGAUGGACAACAACGAGUUGGCCCUGGCAUUGAGAGAGGCCCACUUGGAGAAGAUAGCUAUGUACCUAUCCAGAUGCGGUCUACAGUCCAACUCGGAGCUCCUUGAGAAAGGCUACCCUGAUAUUGGCUGGGAUCCUGUUGAAGGAGAGAGAUACCUAGAUUUCUUCAGAUUCUGUGUCUGGGUUAAUGGUGAGACAGUUGAAGAGAAUGCCAACCUGGUUGUCCGUCUGCUGAUCAGACGCCCUGAAUGUCUAGGUCCUGCCCUGAGAGGUGAAGGUGGGGGUCUGCUCAAAGCAAUGAAGGAUGGAAUAAAGAUGUCUGAGCAGAUUGCUGCUGCACGUGAUGGGGCCUCAUGCAUGUUCCUCUCUGCAAUGAAUGAUGAUGAUGACUCUGAUGGAAAAUAUCUCUUCCAGAGCAAGUUUGAUUUCUCGACAUUGCCGCCAGAAGAUGAUGAGGAUUAUGUAGACAUGGGAGGAGCAAUCCUCAACUUUUACGCUAGUCUCGUUGACCUACUGGGUCGAUGUGCACCAGACACGGAGUCAAUCAAGGCAGGCCGCAGUGACGCACUAAGAGCACGUGCCAUUCUCAGGUCUCUUGUCUCCGUGGAGGACCUGGAAGGGGUGCUAGGUCUGAGAUUUAUACUCCCUGUAGGAGGGGAGGGUGAUGGUGCAAUGCCUCCUGGACUGCUUCCAUUGCACAAGGCUUCCAUUAUCAUGUUCCUUGAGAGAGUUUAUGGAAUUGAAGACCAGUCUACAUUCUUCCGUCUGCUUGAAGACUGCAUCCUGUCAGAUUUAAGGGCUGCCACAACACUUGACAUGGCUGCUUCCUCCGAGAGUGAUAUGACCUUAGCAUUGAAUCGCUACCUGUGUGGCUCUGUGCUACCAUUGCUGACAAGUCACAGUCAUUUCUUCAUGGAUGCUGACCAUGUCUCAUCCUUGCUUGAGUCCACACUGAACACAGUAUACAGGAUGUCCAAGUGUAACUCCCUGACGAAGAAUCAGAGAGAGAUGGUGUCUGAUUUCCUUGUUGCUUUCACCAAUCAGUUGAGACCCCCAAUGAUGUCGAAGCUACUGAAGAAGAUGGCAGUAGAUGUACCAGCUCUCAAUGAGAAUACAGUGGUACCCUUGAGGGUACUGACAGAAUAUUACGAGAGAUGUGGUCGCUACUACAGUCAUGGUGGGUGGGGAUCAUUUGGUGCUGCCAGCGAUGAGGAGAAAAGGCUUACAAUGAUGCUCUUCUCUGGAAUCUUUGAUUCUCUUUCCAAAAGGGCAUAUGAUCCAGAACUAUUCUCAAAGGCACUUCCUUGCUUGUCAGCGAUUGGCUGUGCCCUGUCACCUGAUUACACAUUAACCAGUCAUGAUGACAGCUGGUUCCAUAGAGCUAUGGCAGAAUCGGAAGGGGUUUACAACCCCAGUCCUGUAGACACACAGAGGGUGCACUUGAACCAGUCUCUAGAAACUGCGAGCCUCAAAUUUGCUGAACAUUUUCAUGACAACUGGGCUCUCAAGAAGCUUGAUGAAGGCUGGGCAUUUGGUAACAACUUUGAUGAUGACAGGAAGUUACAUCCAGUAUUAAAGCCAUACAAUCUUCUUGGAGAAAGGGAGAAGGGGAAGUACCUACAGCCAGUGUUAGACUCUGUGAGAACCAUUAUUGCUUGGGGAUGGUCACUGGAACAAGAUCAGGCCAGACUGACAGCCAAUAGAGAAAGCAUGAAGAGAAGAACAUCAAAAGAUGCUUAUGACCAUGGAUACAGUCCACGACCUUAUGACCUGAGGAAUAUGACCUUGACACGUGAAAUGCAAACACUAGCAGAGAAAUUAGCUGAGAACUCUCAUGAUUUGUGGGCAAAGAGGAAAAAAUUGGAACUUGAAGAAAUUGGAGGUGGGGUACAUCCACAGCUGGUACCAUAUGAUGUCCUCACAGAAAAGGAGAAGAAGAAGGACAGAGAACAUGCACAAGAACUCCUCAAAUUUUUACAAUUCCUUGGAUUUAGGAUCCACAGCGGUGACCUCAGCAUGGGCCAAAGGAAGAAAUCUACUUCCAGACCCACGAAGGAUACUGAAGGCGAGAGUGGAGUUAACGUGUCGGCGACAGAGAAGAGGUUCGCAUACAGUCUGUUAGAAAAGCUGUUGGUAUACUUUGAUAAAGCUUCUGUCAGUAUGACGCAGACACGACCAAGUUCUAAAUACUCCAGAAGAGGCAGUUACACAACAGCUACUGAGGAUGUAAAAUUCUUUGGAAAGGUGGUCUUGCCGUUUGUGGAGAAAUAUUUCCGUGCACACAGAGAGUACUUUGUGGGAGGUCCAAAUGCUCCAAACACAAGCUCCAUGGCCUCUGUUAAAGAGAAAGAAAUGACAGCCAGUUUGUUUUCCAAGUUGACGUUCACGUUGCGUACAAAGCUGAUGGCAUUUGGUCACGAUGUUAACAUUUCAGUGAGAUGUCUGCAGGUCCUGAUACAGGCAGUAGAUGCUAGAACUGUGGUAAAGAACAGCCCAGAGAUAGUACGUUCCUCCCUACUGCCAUUCUUCAACAAUGCUGCUGACGAUCUUGCUAACCUCGUAGAUAACCUGCAGAAAGGUCGUUUCAGUCAUGUGAAGGGUACCAUAACACGUGGCGCUACAAGUCUCAACUAUGUACAUAUGGUUCUGCUGCCAGUCCUGUCCUCACUGUUUGAUCACCUUGGCAGGAACAAGUUCGGGCCAGAUCUGAUUGGUAAAUUUCGAUCUCCUGAGUCUGGUGUACAAGAUGUCCAGAUGGCUUGCUACAGAAUACUCAAUUCUCUGUACAUCCUGGGUACCAGCAGCUCCAAGUUCAUGAACAGGUUGACAGAAGAGAUAAGAAUACAAAUGGAAAAAGAUGGCUUUCUAGCUUCAUCUCAUGAGCAUCGUCCAGUCCUGGGAGAAUGUUUGAGUUCAUUUGCGGGCUGUUUCCCGGUAGCAUUCCUUGAACCCAAUCUCAACAAGUACAACAAAUAUUCCAUACUAUUUGGUCUAGAAGGCAAAAUCUCGGAACACUCUUUAGAAGCUCAAGAGGUGAUGGACUUGUUAGCUGACACACUACCUCCACUGGAGAAGAUCCGAGACGAGAUAGAUCACCUAGCUGAAUCAGGGGGAAAAUAUAUGGAGGCCCCACAUGUCAUUGAGGUCACAUUGCCCAUGUUGUGCAGUUAUUUACCUUACUGGCUUCAGAAUGGUCCUGCGAUUCAAGGUAACCACCCGUGUACAACCGUGACAGUAGACCUAAUGAACACCGUGUUGGGUAAUGUCCUCAGGUUGAUUUAUAACAAUAUUGGUGCUGAAGACGCACCUUGGAUGAACAGGAUUGCUUCGAGAGUACAGCCUAUUAUAGGCAGUUCCCAACCAGAUAUGAUAUCUGAUCAUUUCCUGCCUAUAGCUAUAAAGGUCCGAGAUAACGCCAGGAUUGUAGAACAGAAAGAGAAACAGCUGGCAUUGAGUAAAAUGCACCAACAGCACAUUGAUGAUGAUUCCGACUUGGAGGCUGAUGUCCAGUUGGCAUUUGGUAUUCUUGUGCGGGAUAUAUAUGCCUUCUAUCCCUUGCUCAUCAAGUAUGUAGACCUACACAGGUCCACCUGGCUGAAGAAUCCUACCAGUGCCGCUGAGGAAUUGUUCACUUUGAUAGCCAACAUCUUCCUUCUCUGGUCAAAAUCCAUUUUGUAUAAGAGGGAGGAGCAGAAUUUUGUGUUAUCCAAUGAGAUUGACAACAUGGCUCUGAUCAUGCCCAGUCAGACUAAACCUGUCAAUGUGGCUCUAAUUGACCCGGCAACAGAGACCAAAGCUCCAACUGGAAAGAAAAGGGAGAAGAGGCGUCUGGAGCCGCACAACAGUUUAAAUGUCGCUUGUCUGAAACGUCUGCUGCCCAUAGGUCUAAGUUUCUUCAGUGGGCGUGAACAAGAGUUACUACAGAUGGUCAAACAGAAACUUAUUACAGACCAUGAUGCUGAUCUGGAAGAUUUCUUGAUGAAAACACUAGAGGCAGAGGAAGGGCCUAUAGAUGACAAGAUCAAAUGGCAAAAAGUGUUGUACCAUAAGAUUGGAUCUGGAACCAGUUCUAACCUAGACCAACAGCGAGUCAUGGACCGUAUCAUAUCCAUGGCCAAGGUCAUGCAUGGACUUCACAUGGUAGAACAUCCUUCUGCACACCACAAGAAUGUUUGGCGUAAAGUUGUGUCUACACAGAGAAAGAGAGCCGUCAUGGCAUGUUUCAGAAUGAUACCACUACACAAUUUACCCAAACACAGAGCUAUCAACUUGUUCUUGAAGUCCUACAGAGUACAAUGGUUAGACAACGAAGAAUACGAAAAGAAAAUUCUUAUUGAUGAUCUCACGAGGUCGGAUGAAUCUGAAGAAGAAGCUGCAGAGAAGAAAGAGGAAGAAGAAGAGAAACCUGAUCCACUUAAACAACUAAUCACAUGCCUGUCACGUGCAGCAACCAAAGAACAACAAAGCAGCAUGCCUGAGGAUCCUAUCUACAUAUCAUAUGCUCAGAUCAUGAGUCAGAGUUGUAGUGGUGCUGAUGAUGACGAUGAUGAUGAAGGUGGUGAUGAGGAAGGUCCCGGUUCAUCAUUCCAGGAACAAGAGAUGGAGAAACAGCAGCUGUUAUCAGAACAAGCUCGACUGGCUGACAGAGGUGCUGCAGAAAUGGUUCUGCUCUAUAUCAGUGCAAGCAGAGGCUGUGUGGGUCCAAUGAUCUCUGAUACAAUAGAGACUGGUAUAUCUCUACUGAGAGGUGGCAACAUUGACGUGCAGAAGAGAAUGUUGAAGCACCUGAAGGACAAGAAGGACGUGGGAUUCUUCACAUCUGUUGCUGGUCUCAUGCAGCAAUGCAGUGUGUUGGACCUGGAUGCAUUUGAGAGAACCAACAAGGCUGAGGGUCUGGGUAUGAGCUCAGACUCAUCACCAGGCGAGAAGAACCUCCAUGAUGCUGAGUUCAUCUGUAAACUAUUCAGGUUCCUACAGCUUCUCUGUGAAGGUCACAAUCUAGAAUUCCAGAACUAUUUGCGUACCCAAGCAGGCAACAACACAACUGUGAACAUUGUCAUCAGUACUGUAGACUAUCUUCUCAGGUUACAGGAAUCUAUAAUGGACUUUUACUGGCAUUACUCUGGUAAGGACACUAUAGAUGCUGCAGGCAAGGAGAACUUCUGUCGUGCUAUCAUGGUCUCCAAGCAAGUCCUGGCCUCACUCACUGAAUAUGUACAGGGUCCAUGUUCCCAGAACCAGCUGACGUUGGCACACAGUAGGUUGUGGGAUGCUGUAGGAGGAUUUCUCUAUAUUUUUGCCCACAUGCAGGAGAAACUGUCAAGGGAUGCUGACCAGCUGGAGUUGCUGAGAGAGUUUAUGAAGCUUCAGAAGGAGAUGAUGAUUAUGUUACUCUCCAUGUUGGAAGGAAAUGUAAUGAAUGGACCCAUUGGUAAACAGAUGGUCGACACUUUGGUAGAAUCUUCCAGCAAUGUUGAGAUGAUCCUCAAGUUCUUUGAUAUUUUCCUCAAGAUGAAGGACCUGACAACAUCAGAAGCUUUCCUGGAAUUUGAUACAAACAAGGACGGUUAUAUAUCGGCAAAAGAAUUCCGGCGAGCCAUGGAGGCCCAGAAGAUGUAUUCACGGGAGGAGAUAGAGUACAUCAUGAUGUGUGUAGACGCCAACCAGGAUGGUAAAGUGGACUUCAAUGAGUUCACGGACAGAUUCCAUAACCCAGCCAAGGACAUCGGUUUCACUAUGGCUGUACUACUAACCAACUUGUCGGAACAUAUGCCAAAUGAUCCAAGAUUGGAGAGGUUCCUUGAGAAGGCUCGCUGUGUACUGGACUACUUCCAGCCAUAUUUGGGCAGAAUUGAGAUUCUGGGCGGAGCUAACAGGAUAGAGAGAGUUUACUUUGAAAUCAAACAGUCACACAUUGACCAAUGGGAGAAACCUCAAAUCAAGGAAUCUAAGAGAUCAUUCUUACACAGUGUGGUAAACGAGGGAGGUGACAAAGAGAAACUUGAGAGUUUUGUCAACUUCUGUGAGGACACCAUCUUUGAGAUGCAGCAUGCCACCAGUAUCAGUGCGGAGGAACAACGUAUGGCUGCCCUCCGAAGUGGAAGUUUGGGAGAUUCUAGAGGAGGUGUUCUUGAACCAGUAAAGAUGGGAUACAACUUUAUCAAGGAAGGAUUUGGAUCAUUUUUGUCUCUGUUCACGAUGUCAAAUUUACGUACGUCGUACAGGACUUUCCGCAAGAUGACUUACUGGCAAUUGUUUGUAGCUUUUAUUAAGCUCAACUUCAGAAUUGCCUUCCUAUUACUGACUGUUCUCUUCCAUAUUGUUUGGACACUCUGUCGUUUUGUUAUAAACAUGAUGAUGGGUGAGCGAGAUGAGGGCGUUGUUGGCGAAGUUCCUGUUGGGCCCCUGGCCCUGCCUGGCCCGCCAACACCUGGAGAAGUACAGAAACCUCUAGUGGCCCCUGUAGAAAUAGAAACCGCUGAUCCUAUUGUCAAUAUAGCUUUCGGAGUGGCCAUAACAAAAGAAGAAAAGGAAGAGGGCGCAACGAUCACGCUUGCGGAUGCUAAGCCACCAAUGUCUGCCCAGUCUAGCAUGGAACAGAGUGAUGAUUCAGCAACACAAGAUUAUGUAGACCAGUCUACAACCAAAACCACUCAGCCUGCUACAACCCAGGCAGACAAGCCACCAGAGCCGGAACCCAGCAUACAAACUCCAUUUGGUACACAACAUGUUGGUCCUAUACCAGCUACUCCAGUCGCUAGCCAGCCUAGUACCGAUGCUGAAGAUGAAAUUCCAUUUGAAACCAAGAGUUUUGACUAUGGAAAAUACAUCCUGAGGAUGUUGAGCAGUAUAGGGAGUUUGUUUGCACGUAACUUCUACAACUUCAAGUACCUGGCUCUGUUACUGGCUUUCUUGAUUAACUUCAUGCUGCUCUUCUACAAGGUUUCGAGACUUACCGGAGAAUUAAUGGGAGAUGAUGAAGCACCCGAAAUUGAUGCUACAAUGAACUUGACAGAAUCCGGUGGGGAUGAAGAAGAAGAAGACGUAGAAGAGUUAGUUUCGAUGUCGGAAUCCAGCUACUAUCUUGAACACAUACUACGAAUGCUCGCGAUCGGUCACUCACUGGCCGCCUUCUCCAUGUUGGUUGCAUACUACUGCCUCAAAGUGCCUCUGGUAAUUUUCAAACGUGAGAAGGAGAUUGCACGCAAACUUGAGUUUGAUGGAUUAUGGAUCGCGGAACAACCAGGAGAGGACGAUCUGAAGUCACACUGGGAUAAACUAGUACUGAGUACAUCAUCAUUCCCUGACAGCUACUGGGACAAGUUUGUCAAGAAAAAGGUUCGCAAUCGUUACGCUGAGCAAUACGAGUAUGAGGCAAUUAGUAACCUUCUAGGAAUGGAGAAGAGCGAUACAAUCACAAUAGACAAAGACGAGGGCAGUGGAGUCUUCAAGUAUUUAAGCACAGUAGAUUGGCAAUAUCAGAUCUGGAAGUGGGGUGUUAUCUUCACAGACAAUUCAUUCCUGUAUAUAGCCUGGUACUUUACUUGGUCUUGUCUCGGCAAUCUCAACUAUUUCUUCUUUGCGGCUCACUUGCUGGACGUGGCAGUCAGUUUCAACACUCUCAGAACCAUCUUACAGUCUGUCACACAUAAUGGUAAACAGCUUGUGUUGACAGUGAUGUUGCUCAGUAUUAUUGUGUACAUCUACACUGUGAUAGCCUUCAAUUUCUUCCGCAAGUUUUACGUGAAAGAAGAAGAUGGUUCUGUAGACUACAAGUGCCAUGACAUGUUAACUUGUUUUGUGUACCAUUUACACACGGGUGUGAGAGCUGGAGGUGGUAUCGGAGAUGAGAUUGAACCUGCUGAUGGCGACGCCUAUGAGAUUUACAGAAUACUCUUUGAUAUCAGUUUCUUCUUCUUCGUUAUUGUUAUACUGCUGGCUAUUAUUCAGGGUUUGAUUAUUGAUGCAUUUGGUGAGUUGAGAGAUCAGUUAGAACAGGUGAAGGAAGACAUGGAGUCCAAAUGUUUCAUCUGUGGUAUUGGCAAGGAGUAUUUUGAUAAAGUGCCUCAUGGCUUUGAGACCCAUACUACGAAUGAGCACAACUUUGCCAAUUACAUGUUCUUCCUUAUGCAUCUCAUUAAUAAACCAGACACAGAGUACACAGGUCAGGAGACAUACGUCUGGGAACUUUAUCAACAAAGAUGCUGGGAUUUCUUCCCGGUUGGUGACUGUUUCCGGAAACAGUACGAGGAUGAAAUAGGUGGAGCACAAAAAUCAUGAGAUUAACAGGAACAGGGACUUUCAAAUUGAUUGCUUUAAAAAGCAUGUUAAUAAGAUGACGAUUGUAUCAGCAUUUAAAUAUUGGAAAGUUAUACCGGACUUUGACUUUAAAUAUUUCCAGUGUGGUGAUAUUUUAAUUCAAACAGCGGCUACGGAGAUAUUGUGAUGUUAGUGCUAUGAUUAAAGAUCAAAAUGUGGGAUGACAUUUGGAAAUAUCGCAAUUAAAUUAUUGAUAUGAGAAAAUAGUGGUAGCUAGUCAAUCAAAGGAAAUAAAGAAAUGUGCACAUUUAAGAUAAUUAAAAAACAACCCACACGAACAACGAUAUGGAAUAAGUGCUGUGUAUAUAUGAAAAAAUUAGUAGAUUCUUGUGUGAAUAUCUCCCCCCAGUUCUGUGUGUGGUUGACUAUGCACACAAUUUUACCUACCUUCAAAUAGCAAUAGCGAAUUAUAUGCUACCCAUUUAGGGUAUCAAUUUUGUUAAAUUAUUCAAUUUUUUUAGAAUCUCAUCUAUUAUAAGAUAAAAUCUGACUCAUACUUAUAUCACAAUUUUUGUGUUUUUUGUGAACAUUGAAAUGUGUGUACCUAUUUUUCAUAUUUCCAACGCUUGGAGGACUAUAAUGUGCAAUAGAUAAUCAGAAUAUUUUUUUCUUGAUGGGUACUCCAUAUUUUUUGGUAAAUACUCAUUACAUGUUAAUUGUUAAAGAAGUGUUUUUUUUGUUCUUUGUUUUUACCCUUAUUUAUAUAUUUAUCAUAGAUUUUUAAAUAGCAUACUUUAUUUAUUCCAGUAUUAUAAUAGUUGGAUGUAGAUGUUUCUGUUUUUUUGUUUGUGAAAUCUUUUUUACGUUUUGAAAAAAAUUGAAGUUAAUGUUUCUUUUACCAUGUCAUCAUUUUUCAUCAGUUUUACCAAAUUACGUUGAAACAGUGUGGUAGUUUGAGAACUGGUGCUACAAUAUGAUAUAUUUAAUAGAUCAUGUUUUAACUUUGUAAAAAAUCAUGUUUUUGGUUCAAGUAACUUGGCUUGCCUUGAUUGCAAUGUUUGCAGAUAUAUUAUUAUUCAAUUCUUAGGUUAGGGAAGAUCGUUAUUUCUGGUUUUUACGGUGGAUUGGAAUUCCAUUCUUAACGAAAAACAUUUUACACACCUUGUUAAUUUCGGAGUGUUUUUAGAAGUUAAAAACUUCAUGUUUUUAAUAAAACCACCAUUACAUACAUAAAA